UAUGGGUCCCAGUAUGCCCAGUUCCCUUUUCUAUGGGUCCCAGUAUGCCCAGUUCCCUUUUCUAUGGGUCCCAGUAUGCCCAGUUGCCUUCCAUAAGGAUCCCAGUAUGCCCAGUUUCCUGCCCCAGAGGUCCCAGUAUGCCCAGUUCCCUUCACUAUGAGUCCUAAUAUGCCCAGUUCCCUGCCCCAGAGGUCCCAGUAUGCCCAGUUGCCUUCUCUGUGGGUCCUAAUAUGCCCAGUUCCCUGCCCCAGAGGUCCCAGUAUGCCCAGUUCCCUUCUCUAUGGGUCCCAGUAUGCCCAGUUGCCUUCCAUAAGGGUCCCAGUAUGCCCAGUUCCCUGCCCCAGAGGUCCCAGUUGCCUUCUUUGUGGGUCCUAAUAUGCCCAUUUCCCUGCCCCAGAGGUCCCAGUAUGCCCAGUUGCCUUCUCUGUGGGUCCCAGUAUGCCCAGUUCCCUGCCCCAGAGGUCCCAGUAUGCCCAGUUGCCUUCUCUGUGGGUCCUAAUAUGCCCAGUUCCCUUCUCUAUGGGUCCCACUAUGCCCAGUUCCCUUCCCUAUGGGUCCCACUAUGCCCAGUUCCCUUCUCUAUGGGUCCCAGUAUGCCCAGUUCCCUUCCCUAUGGGUCCCAGUAUGCCCAGUUCCCUUCUCUAUGGGUCCCAGUAUGCCCAGUUCCUUUCUCUAAGGGUCCCAGUAUGGCCAGAUCCCUUCUCUAAGGAUCCCAGUAUGCCCAGUUUCCUGCCCCAGAGCUCCCAGUCUGCCCAGUUCCCUUCUCUAGGGGUCCCAAUAUGCCCAGUUCCCUUCUCUGUGGGUCCCAGUAUGCCCAGUUCCCUUCCUUAUGGCUCCCAGUAUAGCCAGUUCCCAGUCCCAAUAUGCCCAGUUCCCUUCUCUAAGUGUCCCAGUAUGCCCAGUUGCCUGCCCCACAGCUCCCAGUAUGCCCAGCAUGCCCGAUUCCCUGUCUUAGGAACAGUAUGGCCAGUUCCCAAUCCCAGUAUGGCCAGCUCCUUUCCCUAGAGGUCCCAGUAUACCCAGUUCCCCUCCUCAGUGCUCCCAGUAUGCCCAGUUCUUGUCCUAAGGGCUCCCAGUAUGGCCAGUUCCCUUCUCUAUGGGUCCCACUAUGCCCAGUUCCCUGCCCCAGAGCUCCCAGUACAUCCAGGCUUCCCAGUAUUCCCAGUAUCAGCUCCCCGUUGCCCCCAAUACAUCCCAGUUCAUCCCAGUCCCCUCCAGCCUCUGUCCCAACACACCCGCGCCGCCAGGUGGCGCCCUCAUCGCGGCGCCGCUCUCCCAGUCCCUCAGUGACCCAAACAAGGAAGUGGCCGCUCUGGCUCGCUUCCUCUAUGGUUUACCCCCCCACCUCGGGGGAGGGCGGGGCGGUGCCGCUCCCCCGGUCACGUGACGGACGCCGUGUGACGUCACGCGGAAGUGCGCGGGAGGCACCGGGAGCGGCGGAAGGAUCGCGCGCGCCCCAUGGAGCUGCUGUUCGGGCGGCGCAAGACGCCGGAGGAGCUGCUGCGGCAGAACCAGCGCGCUCUGGCCCGGGCCACGCGGGACCUGGACCGGGAACGCGCCAAACUGGAGGCGCAGGAGAAGAAAAUCAUCCUGGACAUCAAGAAGAUGGCGAAGCAGGGCCAGAUGGACGCUGUGAAGAUCAUGGCCAAGGACCUGGUGCGGACGCGGCGCUACGUGAAGAAGUUCAUCAUGAUGAGAGCCAACGUCCAGGCCGUGGCCCUCAAGAUCCAGACCCUCAAGUCCAACAACUCCAUGGCCCAGGCCAUGAAGGGCGUCACCAAGGCCAUGGCCACCAUGAACCGGCAGCUGAAGCUGCCUCAGAUCCAGAAGAUCAUGAUGGACUUCGAGAAGCAGGCGGAGAUCAUGGACAUGAAGGAGGAGCUGAUGAACGACGCCAUCGACGACGCCAUGGGGGACGAGGAUGACGAGGAGGAGAGUGACGCCGUCGUGUCCCAAGUGCUGGAUGAGCUGGGGCUGAACCUGACCGACGAGCUGGCCACGCUGCCGCCGCCAGGGGGCGCUCUGGCGGGGGGGGAGGGGCGCGCGCCCGAGCCCGCGGCCGCUCUGGCCGACGCCGACGCUGACCUGGAGGAACGGCUCAAGAACCUGCGGCGGGACUGACCCCUGACCCCUGACCCCACCACGGGACCUGCGACAAACAUGGGACCUGUGACACCCCCCCCGAUCUGCGACCUCUGACCCCUGACCACGUGACCGGCGACAUGUGACCUUGACACAUGACCUGUGACCUCUGACCCCAACUCGUGACCUGCGACCUCUGACCCUUGACCAUGUGACCUCUGAGCACCUGAGCUCUGACCCUGACCACAUGACCUGUGACAUGUAAUCUCUGACCCCUGAUCACGUGACCUUUGACUGCUGACCCAACCCAUGACCUGCACCCUCUGACAUGUGACCUCUGACCUCAUGUGACCCCAACAUGUGACCUCUGACCGCUGACAUGUGACAUGUGACCUUCAACCUCUGACACGUGACCUGUGACCCUUGCUUCCUGACCUAUGACCUUCAACCACCAUCACCGCCACCCCCCUCCCCCAUGACCUCUGACCCCUGUCCUGGGACACAUGACCUUUGACCCCAGCGUGGACCCUGGUGAUGACCUUUGACCUCGGGUGGCCCCAAGUCACCUUUGACCCCACGUGACCCUCCCUCGGUUGGGGGGGCACCUGGGACACACUACGGGGGGAUCUGCCCCCCCACCCCGCCUAUUCACCCCCUAUUGGGCUAUUUACCCCCUUUGGGGGCUAUUUCUGCCCCCCCCUUGGUGUUAUUUACCCCCCCAUUGGGUUAUUUGCCCCCCCCGCCUCUCUUUGUCCCCCUCCUCUCACUAUUUGCCCCCUCUUGGGGUAUUUGCACUCCCCCCCCGGGCUAUUUACCCCCUUUGGGGGUCUCCCCCCCCCCCGGGGGGCAAAUAAAGGCCAGAGAUUGGUA